UAUGACAUUACAUAAAACUGAAUCACCAUCAAAAAGGGUGAGAACAAUGAAAAGUCUAAGAAUCAAAGAAUAAGAAGUAAUACUAAAACGAAUUAGUAAGAGUUUUGAAUUGAGAAAUGUAAGGAAUUCGAAAAAAUAAUAAAGAAGAAAAAGUGGUACAGAACAACUAUCUUAAAAGUAGGUAAAGCAUAUAAUAUUAAAUAAUAGCUACAUAUUGAUUGUUAGUAUCCUAAUACAAUUAUACAAUAAUAAGAAGUAAUAUCCAAUGAAAUACAAAGGACAAAGGAAAGAAAAAGGACUCUAUUUAAGAGAAUGUCUAGUAUACUCAUCAAACAUUAAACAACUAUUCGUAAUAUUAGUGUUCAAGGGAAUUAAAGAAAUAGUGAAAUAUAGUUACUCAUGUUAUAAUAAUAAUAAUAAUAAGGAAAUGAUGAACACAAUAUUACAUAAUCUUAAGAAAUUAAAAAAAAUAAAUUUAGAUCCUCUGUUAUAGAAUCUGAAAAACCUAAAGUUGUUUUAAAUAUUUCUCGAAAAUCUAAAAAGGCAUUUGCUUCUAUCUAAAGUUACAUAAGUGAAAAAGCUUUAACAUAAACAACAACAUAAACUAUAAAUUAAACAAAUCCAUUUAUAAAUUAUGUAUGUUGUUAGAGUCUUACAGAAUUGAAUGGAUAAAUUAAAAAUAAUUUAUAAUUGAAUUUAGGAAGGAGUCAAGUAAUGAAACCUACUUAUCCUCUACCAGAAAUUAAAUUGAUUUCUUCAGCCAGGAAUAAUUACUCAUUGUUAGAUACAAAUUUCUUAAAACAAAAGAAAACUAUUAUUAAUACUGGAAAUACUUAGAGGAAAUAGAGGAUUUCUACAAACUCAUGA